AACAGUGACGUCUGGCCAUCAUGUCCACAGACGGGGAGCGGACAAGCAGGGUUCGACUUCAUGGCGGCAAAGAUAACUCACUCAUUCCACAAUCCCCAAACGGCGGAAAAAAAGGCUUCCACAGAAUAUUUUUAAAAUGACCACACCAAACAAGACACCUCCUGGUGCUGACCCUAAGCAGUUGGAAAGGACUGGAACAGUACGGGAAAUUGGGUCACAAGCUGUUUGGUCACUCUCAUCUUGCAAACCAGGAUUUGGAGUGGAUCAGUUACGAGAUGACAAUCUAGAAACUUAUUGGCAGUCAGAUGGCUCCCAGCCUCAUUUAGUGAACAUCCAAUUCAGAAGAAAAACAACAGUGAAGACAUUAUGCAUUUAUGCGGACUACAAAUCUGAUGAAAGCUAUACUCCAAGCAAGAUCUCAGUCAGAGUAGGAAAUAAUUUUCACAAUCUUCAGGAAAUUCGGCAACUUGAAUUGGUGGAACCAAGUGGCUGGAUUCACGUUCCUUUAACUGAUAAUCAUAAGAAGCCAACUCGCACAUUCAUGAUACAGAUUGCUGUUCUAGCCAAUCAUCAGAAUGGAAGAGAUACCCACAUGAGACAAAUUAAAAUAUACACACCUGUGGAAGAGAGCUCCAUUGGUAAAUUUCCUAGAUGUACAACUAUUGAUUUCAUGAUGUAUCGCUCAAUAAGGUGACCUUGAAAUAGAACAAAAGUCAUUAAACAUAUCUUUAUCUUGUCAGUAAAUAUUAAAUCUGGUAUCUUUAUUGAAAAAUGCAUCAAUCAUUUUGCAAUUUUUUAUGCAUUGAAAAGUAUUUUAUUGUAACUUUAAUAAAUAACAUUUGGGUCAUACUAUGUUUAUUUUCUUUAACAUAUAAUAAAGCUCACAUAUU